AUGUCUCUCUCAAACAUCUCUUUAAAAGAAUUCAAAUGGGGCUCCACCGAGUAUCUGGAGAGCGUUGCUUUACGUGACCUGAUUCUUAGAAAACCUCUUGGUAGAAGUAUCAAAGAUGAUGAUCUUGAAAAGGAAAAGCAAUCGAAAUAUCAUCAUUUUGGUGCAUUCAUGGACAAUAAACUUGUAGGUACAAUAUAUUCUGUUGAGCAAAUCCCUAGGGUUGUUCAAUUAAAGCAAUUUGCUGUUUCUCCAGAUCUCCAAAGUCAUGGAAUUGGAAGAAAACUCAUGAAUUUCACAGAACAGCAACUCAAAGACUAUGGUGUUAAAGAAAUUUUGAUAUUUGCUCGUCAAACUGCAUUACCUUUCUAUCAAAAGAUCGGAUAUCCAAUCAUAUGCGAUCCAUUCAUUGAAGUUGGCAUACCACAUCGCUUACUCAUCAAGCAUUUAGAAUAA